AAAUGACCACAUAGUAUUCGAUAGAAAGUUUUUUUUUUUUUAAAUCAUGAUUUGUUUAAACAUUCCUGUUGUUAGACAUGUAGGUUGUUUCCAGUCUUUUGCUACUGUAAGCAGUGCUGCUUAUAUAUGUGUUCUUCUGUGCACAUAGGUAAGUACAUGAGGACAGAUUCUGAGAAGUGGAAUUGUUGGUUUCUAAGGGCAGGUACAUCAAAAGUUUUGAUAGGUAUUGCCAAGCAGCCUCCAAAAUUGUAUAUUCCUAUGAAUGGCAAAGCAGAAUGACUUUUUCCAGUCCUCUUGGCAAACUGUUUCCAUACUUGGAUUUUCAGCAGUCUAAGUGAAAAAUGGUAUGUCUUUUUUUUGUAUGUCUGUAAUAUAAGGGGAUCUUUUUUUAUAUGUCUCAAAUUCAUUUGUAUUUCUUUGUCAUGAACUCAGGUUUGAAAGAAUUUUUUUAAUUGAUAAGAACCUUUAUGCAUUAAGGAAAUUAGCUCUUGUCACUCAUGUUGCAAAACUUUCCAUUCAUUUUGUCACUUGUCCUUUGAAUCUGUUUAUAGCUUACCAAGUAUGUGUAUGUGUUUGCAUAUGUCUUGGAAUGUAGUUGAAUAUAUAAGGUAUUUUCAAAAUUUUGGAUCUGUUUAUUUAUUUGUUUUUUUCUCUGGGAAAGACCUUCUCCACUCUGAGAUUAAGAAAUAACUUUCUCGGGGGGCCUAGGUGGCUCAGUUGGUUAGGUGUCUGCCUUCAGCUCAGGUCAUGAUCCCAGGGUCCUGGGCAUUGGGCUCCCUGCUUAGCUGGGAAUCUGCUUCUCCCUCUCCCUCUGUGUGUGUGCGCUCUCUCUCAAGUAAAUAAAUAAAUCUUAAAAACAAAACAAAACAAAACAACUUUUUGUGCUUUCUUUUAGUAUUAUAAUGGAACAACUUGGAUUUUAGUUUCAGUUCUAUUGUUUAUUAGUUUUGUGACAUCAGGCAAAUUAUGUAAUCUCUCAGAGCCUCAGUUUCCUAAACUGGAAGGAUCCCAUCAGGUGAUUUGUAACAUUGUAAGGAACUUUCAGUUAUAACAAUUGUGUGCUUUUGAGUGAAAUUUACUUUUGUGUUGUGUGGAGAUGUGAAGUUGGGGGCAGGGAUAGGGAAGGAGGUAAAGAGGUCGGCAGGCAGACACAGAAGGAAGACAGGCAAAAGGCCCAAAACAGCCCUAGAGAAGAUCGAGGAAAAACAAAGGAAAACAGACACAAGGAAGGUAGCUACUGAGACCCCAAGUGGGAUGCAUUUUUUGUAUCAUAGAAGGUAAAACACAUUUUGGGUGCCUUUGUUCAUUCCCUCUCCCUCUUUUCCUCCUUCCCUCCAUCCCUCCGUUUUCCUUCCUUCCUUAGAAUAAAGGUAAGUGUAAUAAAAAGUUGCGAAUUAGCACAAAUCCUAAAGUUCAAAAGUUAAAGCUUCGGUCUUCCUCAUGCUGCACAUACAUAAUACUUAAAGCCAGGUGCUUGACUCCUUGGACACAAGUGUGUGUUGGAAUUAUUAUUAUAAUAUUGUUUAUUGUCUAGCAAUCAGUCCCUUUCCAGGUCUAAAAUUCUGUGUUUAAAUAUCAUGUACGGGUUUUAGCAUUCUUAUAAGAACUCUGACUUCUGCAUUUCCUGCUUUUAGAUAUUAAAUCUUAUAAAGUUAAUAAUGCGUUCCUAUGUGUUUUGUAUUUUUUUUUUUUUAAAGAUUUUAUUUAUUUAUUUGAGAGAGAGAGAAAGCAUGAGGUGGGGAGGGUCAGAGGGAGAAGCAGACUCCUUGCUGAGCAAGGAGCCCGAUGCGGGACUCGAUCCCAGGACUCCAGGAUCAUGACCUGAGCUGAAGGCAGUCGCUUAACCAACUGAGCCACCCAGGCGCCCUGUGUUUUGUAUUUUAUGUCUAAGACAAGUUCUCCCCACAAAUUAAUGCCUUUAAGGAGCCUAGCUUCUGCCUGUGGACACCUGUCUUCCAUGAGGACUUGGGCUGAGCUACUCCACUGCUUCCCUCAUAGUUUCCCUGUCUCCUAGGCAUGGAUGAUAGUACAUGCCCAGCAAUGUGUAGUUAACUAAAAUUCUCACGUGAUCAGACCCUCUGAAGUCUAAGGUUCAAUUAUUACUUAUUAUUUUUUUAGAGGGGGAGGGGCAGAGGGAGAGGGAAAGAGAGAAUCUCAGGCAGGUUCCACGCCCAGUGCAGAGCCCGACGCAGGGCUCAAUCAGUCUCGUGGCCCUGAGAUCGUGACCUGAGCAGAAAUCAAGAGUCAGCCGCUCUACCGACUGAGCCACUCAGGUGUUCCUCCAUUACUUAUUUUUUAAAAAUCAAUUUGUACUUUGCCCUUGGACCCUAAUUAUGAUUCUUUUUUCUUGUUGCCUCAGUUGGGAAGAAAAAGCCCUGAAGAAAAUUGUAUGGUUACUACCAUGAACAUAUUAAGGUGAAUACACUCUGACCUUACAGCUGGUGGUAAUUUCCUCUCACAACUUCCUUGUUACCUUUUCAACCUCACGGCCCCCCCCCCCCCCCCGCUCCCCAAGUGGGCAUGGGACAUGCUUGUCUGUUGGCUUCCUCAGGUUGCCCUUCAAAACAGAUGACUAGACUUACUAAAAUCCUUGCUGGUUAUUACAGCAGUGGCUGCCACUGUGGGCUCAUUGGAAAGGAAGUUAUUGCGGUUAUCAGAAGUACUUUCUGGAGGAGAAGGGGAUGAAAGUGUAAGCGGCUUUGGCUGCUGAGCUGUGUUACUCAGAGAUUGGCUGUUGUGAGGAGAUGCAGGGGCCUCAGAUGUCAUCUUGUCCUAAGACUUGAUAAAAAAACUUUCUUCUCCACUUCUGGAGGGUGGCUUCUUUUGGAAAGACCCACCUUCCUUGCUUCCUCAUUUUUUUUUUUUUUUAAAGAUUUUAUUUGUCAGAGAGAGGACAUGCACAAGCAGGGGAAGCAGCGGGGAGAGGGAAAAGCAGGCUCCCCGCUGAGCAAGGAGCCCAAUGGCGGGACUCAGUCCCAGGACCCUGGGAUCAUGACCUGAGCCAAAGGCAGACGCUUAACCAACUGAGCCACCCAGGCGUCCCUCAUUGCUUCCUCAUUUUGCGCGUUUUAGAUCCAGUCUCUCCGUCUCAUCCCUGCAUUCUUUGAUAUAAAAUAAAAGCUAACCAAGAGGUGUUGUUUGAGAUUCUGCUCAGUGUGAGGUAGUGUAGAUAGGAAGAGUAAGAUCCAGGGGAUGUUCUGUAAAGGCUUUUGAUUUAGUUGGGUAGAUGGUGUAUAAACUCAGGAAAGUUAAAUAACAGUUUAAGUUGAUGUAAAAUAUGGUGAAGGGUCCUAAACCUUGCUGAUUUGUUGGUGCGAAAGACUGUAUUUAGGAUAGAAUUGUACCACAAUUGUUUUUCUAAGUUUGCUGGAUGCUUGGAAAGGUGAGACAUAAAGGAGAAAAAAUAAAAGGGAUCCAGAAUGUAAGCUCUGGCAACUGAAAAAGUUUUUAAGACUUUUACAAGUUGUCAUUCAUUAUUGUAAUCUUAUACCUGGGAGGCCAAGGGAAACUUUCCUCUGGCCCUGGAAGCUGACUCAGACUUUCCUCUACACUCCCUCCCCAUCUCAGUUCCUUCUGCUCUUGGCAGGAUCUCCAGUGGCUGGCUUUGGAAGUUCAUUGCAAGAGGUCCUAUAUAUGAUGUAAUAUAGUAAAUAGUUAAACAUUUGUGGAAGAAAUAACUAAAGUUCUGUAGUAAAAAACAGCACUUUGGAGAAGGGAGGGUAAUAAAGAGAUUUUGAAUCUUUGUAUCUUACUUGAGGAACAGUGUCACUUGAUGGCAGGUGGGCAACUGGGAGAAUUGAAGGGAUUUUUCACUGGCUUUUAAAAAUCUCCCUAGACCUCUUCUGAAGGCAGCAAUUCUGCUAUUCUCAUAGGUAGUUUGCCUGGUGAAUUUGAGGAAUAGGGACUGCUUCUACCAUGUGAAUGUCUAAAAUGACUGACUGUAGAAUCCACAACUGAGCACCGUGGAGUGUGUGUGGGUAGAAAUCACUGGAACUAUAGGCACAGGGGUUUUGAAGGGUGCCUGUCUGGGCACUGAGACCAGGUGGAGAGGAAGCAUGCUUACCAGUUCCCUAUGUCUUGUAUUACUGGAGCCCAGUAAUACUAGUUUGUGUCAGAUGCGAGGAAAUCCCCAUUCUUCCCUUACUUAUCAGACUCUGGGGGCGUUCUUGUGUAGGAAAGGUACCUGUUGUUACAUUGUUUAAUACAGUAUCUGGACCAGAUGUCAGCCACCUUUUCUUCAGGACCUCAAGGGCUGAUGUGUGAAGAUUGACAUUCUUUUGGCGAGUAGGAAAGUGGGUUAGAAGUCUAGAGGCUAGUUACCUCCUAGUUGUGCAAACACUCUCCGGCAUGUCUUCCUUUUUCCUUCAUCAACAGUGCUUGUAACAUCAUUAGCGUGCAAGGAAUGAGAGUGGAACUUCUCUUUCCCUGAGGCUCUUUCUCUGCUAAAUUUUGGCAGGCUCAUAUUUCCUGGUGAUUUUUUUUUAAAGAGUUUUAUUCAAGUUAAAGGUGUCUGCCUUUACUGCGGCUCCUUAAUAGUUUUUACCUUACCUGGUGGGUUCCUGUUUACCCCCCACUGUGGGAGACACUGGGUGAUCGUCUGAGGGGGUGAUAACUGGUAAAUCCGUUGUUGCUUCCUUCAUUAGGAGAAGAAUUUUAAGUAAGAAGGGAGAAGCAACUUUUUGUUUGAGAAAAUAAAAACCAGCUUUUCUGAGGCCAGAAUGGGAUCAUGUGUAAUAAACUAUGAAUUCAUCCUCUUUUUCCUCCUUCCCCCCCAGUUGCAGUUGACCUCACAACAGCUGUUUUCAGCUGUCCUCUGGAUUUUGCCCAGGCCCCUUGGGAUGGCUGCAGUGACUCACACAACUGGCUUUUUUCCAUAGCGGUCUGAAUCUAGCUUCUCAAGAAGUAGGAGCAGGAGGAGAAAAGGGCGGCUCUGGUUGCACUGGAGUAGAUUUUCUUGUGGAGAUUACGGUCUGCUGAGGGCUCUGGUUUUGAUUUGUCCCCCUUCACAGCAGUGAUCUUAGCAGAUAGCAUCGCUGGGGGAGGGGAGGCAAAUGUGUUAGCUGGAGAAGUGUUUUUGAGAAAGCCAAAUGUUCCUUUACUUUGCCUUUUUUUUUUUUAACCCCUUUCCUUCCAGACCUGCUUCAGAACAAACUGUGGCUUUCCUUUUCAGAUGGCUGUAGGGCUGUGUGUGAAAUGGGUAGAUGAGCGGACACUGAAGGAAGUGUCGGUUAAAAGCGCAGGUGAUGUUCUCUGUACUCCCUCUGAUUAUUGAUGUUGAUGUUUUCAAAGUGGUCCCUCCUGUUCCUAACAGCAAGCACUGCCCUUGGCCUCCCUCUUUCCUUCCACGAAGGCCACUCCUUCCCAGCUUGGGAACCUAUACAAAUGAUGUAUCUCAGUAUGGAAAAUUUAAAAAAAUUCCUUAGGUAUUUAAAGACAAUUUUUGCUUUUACCUCUUUGAGCUCUAGACUUAUUUCUAAAAGGGUAACAAGCUGCAGAAAAAAAUUCUCUAGACCUGCUUUAAUAUGGUAGCCACUAGCCGCCCAUGACUGUCGUGGGCUCAAAUAUGGCUAGUCCAAAUUGAGAUGCACUGUGAGUGUAGAAUACACACUGGAUUUUAAAGACUCGGUGAAAAAAAAUUCCAUUGAAAAUUUUAAAAAUAUUGACGAAUGUUGAAAUAUUGACAUGUGGAAAUGCUAAUAUUUUGGAUAUGUUAGAUUCCAUAAAGUACAUUAAAAUUUAUCUUACCUGUUUUUUUUUUAAUGUUGUUACUGGGAAAUUUUAAAUUACAUAAAUGGCCCAUAUUUCUUGCUCUCAUUAUAGUUCUGUUAGCCAUCACUGCUACAAACAGAAGAGGAGGUUACUGAACUCCCGGUGUGCUCCUCUCUGGGAGUUUCUGUUUCCAGAACCCAAGUGAUAGUUCGGGACUCAGGACCCAGUGUACAUCAACAUGCUGUCAGUAGUAGUUCUCUUUUGCCAUGCGACAAAUGACCCCUACACUUAUGGACUUAAAACAGCAGACAUUUAUUAUCUCACGGCUUCUGUGGGUCAUAAAUCCGAUAGCAGCUUAGCCCUGUGGUUCUGGCUCAGAAUCCCUCAUGAAGUUCCAAUGAAACUGUUGCGCUGAACUGGGACUGGAGGAUUCCAAGAUGGUUCAUUUCACGGCUAUUGGCAUGUUGUCGGUUCCUCGCUGGCUGUUGGUAGGAGACCUAAGGACUUCUCCUUAGGCUCCUUGAGUGUCUUCCUUACCUUAUGUUGACUUCCCUUAGAGUGAGUGAUCAAGUGAGAGAUCGAGUAAGGAAGAGAGCAGGUGAAGGAGAAGUUGCAAGUGCUUUCAACGAUUGAGUCCCUGGAUAUACACUGUCAUUUCUGCUUUAUUUUAUUUGUUAUUCUUCUUAAGGGGAGGAGAAUUAGGCUCCACUUAUUUUUUUUUUUUAGGCUCCACUUCUUGAAGGGAAUAGUAUAAAGAAAUUUGUGGAUGUAUUUGGAAAUUGCUAUGCCUCCCUAUUUUUCCUGUUUUCCCGUUAGUGUGCCUGUAUUUCACUGACUGCCUCUAGAAAUGGUUAGAGUUCAGUGGCUGAAGUCCAUUUUACCUGCACCUGCUACUUCAGCGGUGUUACCUGGAACAGGUUUAUUCAUUUUGAGGAUGCCAGCUCUGACUUAUAAUCAAAAUUGUCUUUUAUUUUGGUUCAUAUUUUGGUGGAAGGGGGGAGGCAAGGUUGAAUUCAGCUUUGCUUAAGCUUUAAACACUUGUGUAUGCCUAUGUUUAUGUGUGGCAUGUCUGUGCCUCAGUUGAUUUUUAGUAGUGGAAUAAGGCUGUUUAGAUAUUCCAUGGUAAAUGUGUUACUAUUACUUGUAUAUCAUAUUUCUCUUAAUUAAGAUUCAGAGCACUUAAGAACUAUUUUGUAUCUCAUUCUACCUCAGAGAGGUUUGAAAGGAAAGCCAGAGUAUCACUGUAUUUUCUAAUACAAGGGAAAUGGAGGUGAGUUCCACUUGUAUGUGAGGCUGAGUGAAGGUGGGGUAGAGACAUAAAUGGUGCGCUCAGGGAGCUUAAGCUGUAGCGUGGGAACUAAGGUCCUGUUAGAUAGGAGCGUGCAAAUAAACCGCUGCUGAGUGCCUAAAGGUGGGCUCAUGUAUGCCUCCCCUCCCUCUAGCUGUUUUCGUUUUGGCUUAGUCUCAAACUUCUGAAGUUGAGAUUGACACGGGAGGCAAGACCUACAGGACACGGGACCUAGUGGACAUAAUAAGUGAGGGUCAGUUUUUGUCUGGUCUCCGUGAGAAGAGCUUUAGAGAGAGAGAGAGAGAGAGAGAGAGAGAGAGUGUGUGUGUGUGUGUGUGUGUGUGUAUCUCGUCCCUCUAAGCAGACUUGGUUUUCUUGAGGACCAUGCCUUUUAUUUCUUUUGUGUUUUCCCUAAUAACAGCUGUUCUGAGUUGUAUAUUCAAGAGGAUGUGUGCUUAGAGAGGUUGGCAGAGCCCAUGGUGCCGGGAGAGGUAUAGAGCACCGUGAUGAAGAGUUUGGGGCUUAGAGUCCUACUGGCUCUGCUGCUUUAAUACAUUUAUAACCUUGGACAAGUUUCUUAAUUUCUCUGAGGCUAAGUUCCUUCAUCUGUAAAAUGUUAAUAAUAGUUUUUGCCUCAUAGAGUUGUGAAAACUAAUGAGAUAUUGCAAGUAAGGCACUUAGCACUGGAGCAGUUACAUAUGUUAGACUUGCAGCAGUGUGAUUGUUUAGCUUAGUAAUGCUUUUUGUUAGAGACAUCAAAAUUCCUGAAUCUUAAGCCUCUCAUUCUUUAUUUGAUGUUAUGUAUUGGUUGCUCAGUCCCUGAUACCGUACCAGAAGCCUGACUCUGGCGCGUGUUCUGGUCAGCUUGAAUGGGUCCAGAUCAUAACUGACUCUGCUCAGUGUUCUUGUCUGCUGUGGCAAUAUAGGUAUUCUAGGCCAUGGCUUUUUCCUUGCAGAGCCUGAGGACGCCCCCUCUCUCCAGAGACCAGAGGCUGCCAUUGUUUUAUGUAUGGUAGAGCAUGUGGGAUUCCAGUAGUCUUGUUUUGGCCUGCAGUUAAGACCCUGACCCCUCCGGAAAGCUCUCUUAAACCCGGCUGAUGCUGACUCCUAUCAAAAGGCCCAAGUUCGAGGUGAGCACUGCUUCCGGAGUCGGAAGCCUGCUUCGCCGCGGGCUCCGGCUUCUACUCUGUCGGGUGCACGGGAGAGGGAGAUUAUGGCGUCCUCCUCUGUCCCGCCGGCCACCAUACCGGCGGCGACAGCGGCCCUGGGCCCGGGUUUCGGCUUCGCCUCCAAAACCAAGAAGAAGCAUUUCGUGCAGCAGAAGGUGAAGGUGUUCCCGGCGGCUGACCCGCUGGUGGGCGUGUUCCUGUGGGGUGUAGCCCACUCGAUCAAUGAGCUCAGCCUGGUGCCUCCCCCCGUGAUGCUGCUGCCAGACGACUUUAAGGCUAGCUCCAAGAUCAAGGUCAACAAUCACCUUUUCCACAGGGAAAAUCUGCCUAGUCAUUUCAAGUUCAAGGAAUAUUGCCCCCAGGUCUUCAGGAACCUCCGUGAUCAAUUUGGCAUUGAUGACCAAGAUUAGCUGGUAUCCCUCACCCGAAGUCCCCCGAGUGAAAGUGAAGGCAGCGACGGUCGCUUCCUUAUCUCCCACGAUCGAACUCCGGUCAUCAAAGAAGUAUCAUGUGCUGACAUGCACAGCAACCUCUCCAGCUACCACCAGUAUAUUGUGAAGUGCCAUGGGAACACACUGCUGCCCCAGUUCCUGGGGAUGUACCAGGUCAGCGUGGACAAUGAAGACAGCUACAUGCUUGUGAUGCGUAACAUGUUUAGCCACCGUCUUCCUGUGCACAGGAAGUAUGACCUCAAGGGCUCCCUUGUAUCCCGAGAAGCCAGCGAUAAGGAAAAGGUUAAAGAAUUACCCACCCUUAAGGAUAUGGAUUUUCUCAACAAGAACCAGAAGGUUUAUAUUGGUGAAGAGGAGAAGAAAGUAUUCCUAGAGAAGCUAAAGAGAGAUGUGGAGUUCCUAGUGCAGCUGCAGAUCGUGGACUACAGCCUUCUGCUGGGCAUCCACGACAUCAUUCGGGGCUCUGACCCAGAGGAGGAGGGGCCUGUGUGGGAGGAGGAGUCAGAGGGGGAUGGGGACUGUGGCCUGACAGGACCACCCGCUCUGGUGGGCUCCUAUGGCACCUCCCCUGAGGGUAUCGGCGGCUACAUCCAUUCUCAUCGGCCCCUGGGCCCUGGAGAGUUUGAGUCCUUCAUUGAUGUCUACGCCAUCCGGAGUGCUGAGGGGGCCCCCCAGAAGGAGGUGUAUUUCAUGGGUCUCAUCGACAUCCUCACACAGUAUGAUGCCAAGAAGAAAGCAGCUCAUGCAGCCAAAACUGUCAAGCAUGGGGCUGGGGCAGAGAUCUCUACUGUCCAUCCUGAGCAGUAUGCUAAGCGAUUCCUGGAUUUUAUUACCAACAUCUUUGCCUAAGAGACUGCCUGACUCCAUGCUGACUGCUGCUUUAUCUUCAAGGUGGCAGGGUUCUGAGAAGCUUGGGAUUGUGGAUAUGCUGAUCACUACUUCUUCUUUUCCUCCUUUGUUAAAUUCCAGCUGCAGGCUCCUUGUAUCCAGAUAACUCCAUCUUGUUGAGUAGGCUCUUCCUGACCCUCAGAAAUACACUCUCCUAUCUCCCCCUGUCCAGUUUUCUUCCUUUUCUCCCUCCCCUGCAACCAUUCUGCUUGCUUCAUUAGAGUGUUACUGUUGACUCACUCCCAAGUGCCUUGAUCUUUGUAAAUGUCCUGUUGUUUCUAGAUCAUAGGAGGAGAUGGGGGAAGGGGGUUACUUGCCAACUUCAGGACCUGACUGGACAGAUGGACCUGGCUCAAGCAACUACUCUGGAUGCACUUUGCUGUGUGGGAUGAACUAAGAGUGUCUGAAUUUUGCUGAUAACUUUAUAGAACUCACUGUGGCAUGUUUCCUUCCCAGUAGGCCCUGGGAUGGAGGACUUUCAAGAUACUACAGUUGUGGGUGCUGACAUGCACAUGUGAUGGGAUAUGGCCCAUCUUACACACUAAUGGGGUGGGGAGUGGCGAGCCGGCUGGCACCUCACAGAGGUGGGACCCACGAGGACACUUGAAAUUAUGCAGGGAAUUGGGAAAGGUGUCUGUCAAGAAUUGACUCCUCUCCAGUCUCUUCCCUCAUCCUACUUCCAACCCCCACCCCUGUACUUCUGGGUACAAGAGCCCAGAGAUGGCCAAAGUGUUCAAGCCUGAGUGAAGACAUUGGACUGCUACUGCUCUUCACCAGGACCUCACACCCCUCCUGGGGCUGGAACCCUUCAGUGGGGGGUGUGGGCAGUUUUGGAGGCUGGAAUGAUGGGCCAGGGUAAAAGGUUCAUUCCCAGUGCUAAAUUUCCUCUCUUCAUGUCUAGCCAUCCCUGAGGUUUUAUUCCCACCAGAAGGGAAUAUCUCUGCCUGGGUCAAUCCUGGUCACUUCAAGAGGAUGAAGGACUCAAGUAUGGGAACCUGCUCUACUCUUCGGAGGUGUGCACCUGGCAUACUUCCUUCUCAGUCCCUUCUCAAAUCCUUUCUCCAGUUGGAUUUGUUAUUCUGUUCUUUUCUGUCUCAUACUGCUACUGUGUCUCCCAAGGGACAGAUGGACUUCUUUGUCAUCUUCACUCUCCACCCCCAGAGAGGAGUCAGAGCCAGGACUCAAAUCACCCAGCCCCCUCCAAAGAGUUGAAAUGACAUGUGAUAGUCUCAGAAUGUAGAGGACUCUGAUGACCCAGAUAGUGUCCUCCCCAUCCCCUGAUGCCUUUGGGGCUAAGGCAACCAUUCUUGCUACUCUCCACUCGAUCCCCUUUAUGGCUUCCACACUUUUUUUUAACAUAAAGAUGGGCACUAGCAACUGGCCUGUGGGGAUGCAAGGAUUCUUUGCACUGUAUAUAGCUGGACUGAUUUGUCUCACAAGAAGUCAUACAGUCAUAAAGGAGAAUUCCUCUCUCCCCUCCAUCUUCUCCAAAGGAAGUAACAAGAGGAAUCCACAGUUAAAGAUUAGAGCCCCUAUAAUAUCUUACCAUCAGGGGCCCGCUGAUCUUUUUCAUUCCAGCCGUCUACCUUUCCCCUGUUGAAUGCAAUAAAACUCCAUGACACCAGCAGCUGUCACUCUUCAGAAAUUGGUUUUCUGACCAUGUGGCUGAUGUAUCAUGAGCAGUAUGGUCUUCAUUUUGUUGCUUCUGUUUUUCAUCUUUUUUGUUUUAUUAAUUAAUAAAAAAGAUCUUGUGUAUUUAAAAAAAAAAA